ACAAAAGGCAAAGGCAAAAGCAAAGGAAAGGAAGAAGAACAACUUUAAAAUCUAACGGCUCAUCUAUGAAGAUGGAAGUGCUCUCAGUACAAAAUCAUAUUCAGGGACAAUUUGGUGUCAAUAAAAUUAAAGACUGGACGAGUCCGUUAACCGCACCAGGAACAACGGGCGUUGGCGUUGCAUCACCGGCCCAUCCAGCAGCAGGAGCAGGAGCAACCGACGAGGAGGACGAAGAGGAGCACGAUCUAGAAUUGAAACUAGACGUGGUGGAUAGCAUUGGCAUCGUGGAUGUCGAUGUUGUUGAUGGUCAUCCCGCAUCAGUGCUACACAUGCGUCAGCAUCAGGCACUUGGUACACGGCACUCUGGACCGACGACGGGUCCGAUUCCUGUGCCACCAUCCAGUGUGACAGCAGCCAAAUCAUCAUCAUCCUCCUCAAUGGCGGCCAGUUUCGAUGUACUGAAUGGCGGUGGGGGUGGUGUUGGGAGCGGCGGUGCUGCCUAUCAUCAUCACCAUCAUCAUUUGCAUCAUGCCUAUAUGACCAAUGUGCUGUCCAGCACGGCAGCAAUGUCAGCUGUCAACAAUAACACCACCCCACCGUCAACGCCGGCAGCUGUUGCCUCCGCCGUAGUGUUGCCUGCUUCACCGCUGCAAUCGACGGCCGGUGCACGUUUCGGGGCCGCCGAUAACUUGGAUGAUGUUAGCGCCAUUGCUGUGGAGGAGCUAUCACAGCAGUUGCAGUGCAAAUUGCGUGACGCCAAGAGUCGUCAUUUGGCCUGCACUGAGGUAACACUACCAUAUGAUCUCACCCAGCGGAUUGCGGCCGAAAUUAUAAGGAUGUCGGAGCGUGAGCCAUGUGGCGAACGUGCCUGCACCAUUUUCAUUGAAUUUGAGAGUGAGCCCAACAAUGUUAGACGCAUUGCCUCCUUUAAGGUAGAUCCCGAUACGGUAUCAAUUUUUGAAUUGUAUUUAACAUUGAAACAGGACAAAAGCGGCUGGACCUCCUUGCUACCGCAAUUUCUCAAAAACCUUACACGCAGUAAUACCAUCAUUAUUAGUCCGGAUUUCACAUUAACCAAGAACAAGCUCUAUUCAUCAGAGUGAAAGCCAUCAAAGGACGGGACUCGGGACUUGUCGUAUUCUUUGGACUAUUGCUAAAUUCAAAAAACAAAAACCAACUCAAUCCCUCCGAACAGAAAACAAAGCAGCAACAGCAGCAGCAGCAAACCAGAAGAAUGCAGUAGCAAAUCAGUGCAAUGGACGACAUCCUGACUUCCCGGACCUCCCCAUCCACCACCAUCACCAGCACCUUCACUUCCUUCUCCAUUACACUUACUCUAAUCCUUCAAUUUCGUCAAAGGAAAACCAACCCAAGCAAUCCCUAAAUAGAGGCAAACUUUGGACCACUAAAAAGCAAACUCCUGCAAAUAAACAAAUCAACUCACAAAAGAAUAAGUAAAUAAUGAAGAAAAUACACACACACACACACACACACGAAGAGAAUUCAAAAGAGGAAUGAAUGAAGAAAGAAAGAAAGUAAGAAAAAAAAGAGAGAAAUGAAACAAUUAUUUUGAAACAAAUCAACUGCAGUUGCAGGCAACUCAAAACUCUUAUUGGACUGACUUUUUGGCUUAAACAAAAAAAAAAAAAAAAACAAAAAAGUAACUUU